GGGAAACUGUUGCCUUGCCUGGACUCCAGUCAGUAAAAUACAAUGACUUACUGCAUCCGACUACUCUGUGCGCUGGCUCUUUGCGCGACUUAUUUACGCGCAGAAAUUACAGUAAGCCAACCGCUUUCGAUGUCCAUCACUCCGGGGCAGAACUUAGAACUAACCUGCACCAUGUCUGGCGCUACUUUAGGGAACGACAAUGUAUACUGGUAUCAGCAGAUUCCUGGACGUACUCCGCGGCUUUUAGUCUAUUAUUGGUCCAGCAAGAGCACUCCUGGUCGAGGUCCGGGAGUUUCAGAGAGGUUUUCCGGGUCAGUGUCAGGCAACACGGGGAGUUUCACAAUAUCUAACGUUCAAUCAGACGACGCUGCCGAUUAUUACUGCGCUAUGUGGAAAAACUUUUUAAGAUUUGCAAAAGGAACACGAGUGGCUGUUGGCAAUCCUCGGCCCCCUGCCGCAUCCGUUUUACUACCUUCAGCAGAUGAGAUGAGAGUAAAGGGCACCGCCACCCUGGUGUGUUUGGUGAGCGGGUUUAAUCCUGGUGCUGUGGAAAUCCAGUGGACUGUGGACGGCAGUGCGAGAAGCGACGGCAUUGAGACCAGCCGAAUCCAGCAGGAGAAGGACAACACGUUCAGUGCGAGCAGUUACCUGACUCUGCCAGCCACAGUCUGGAACUCACACGAGUUUUACUCUUGUGUGGUUAAACACGAGACUCAGACAACCCCGCUUCGGGUGGAUAUCGCGAAAUCCAGCUGUAUGUGAAAUGGAAAUGUGUUAAUCGAGAGCGUUUGUUUAUCAUGAUUAUUUUCCUUUUAUUUGAUGCAAUCUCGAAAUGUAUUGGUCUCUGGAGUAUUACAUUUGCUAGAUACAUUUCUCAAGUAAAGCUUAAUUUCUAUGACUUGCUCACUUUAAAACUAUUCUGUCGACAAAAUACCAGUAGUAUUUACAGCCUCCAGUUUAAUUAAUAUGAGUUUAGUGCAUCCAAAUAUUUGGAAAAUGCCAAUAUGUGACCUUAGUGUUGUUUGUAGCCUUUGAGAAAAUAAAGAAACUAAUCUUAAAUGC